AUGGGUUAUACUUCGCGAACAAUCGUUGUCGAACGCCCCUUGCUCAGGACUCAAUGUAGAUUGGGCGAAGGUCCUCUGUAUGAUUCAAAGGAUUCGCUGCUACACUUCGUCGAUAUCGAAAACUGCAAGGUCUACCAUUUGAAUAUACGUACCUCUGAGCUCACAGCUGAGCAAUUCAACGAGCCUAUAACUUGUCUCGCGUUACGGCGAAAUGGCACUGGGCUAGCGUGUACAACGUCCACUGGCUUUGCGCUUAUAGAAGCAGAGUCGAACCUGCGUUAUCUGUCUCAACCUCUACCCUCAGAGACUCAGCCAUACACUAGGUUCAACGAUGGCGCCUGUGACAAAGAAGGCCGUUUUGUUGCCGGGACACUCUACUCCAAAGAACACAAUGUCCCAGGACAGCUGUACAUGUUCGAUCCCGCGAAGGGUGAGUGCAAAGUCAUUGAUGAUGGUCCAUUUACGGAUUCCAACGGCUUAGGAUGGAGUGAAGACGGCAAGACCAUGUAUUUCACAGACUCAUUGACGAACAAGAUAUAUGCGUACGAUUAUGAUACAGGGAAGGUGUCCAAUAGACGGGUGUUCGUCGACCCAAUCUCCCACGGCCUGCCAGAAGGGACGUACCCCGAUGGCCUCUGCAUCGAUAACGCAGGGGGCAUAUGGUCUGCACGCUGGGGUGGCUCCAGAAUCAUAAGGUACACCCCGGACGGCGCCAUGGAUCUAGAAGUCUUUUUCCCCACCGUUCUCAAUGUUACGGCAUGCUGCUUUGGAGCAGGUCCGAACGAAGAUCAGCUAUACGUGACCACUGCUCAUUGUGGCGCAUGCGGGGGCGACGCUAGCCGACAGGCCCUCUAUCCUGACUCAGGGGACCUAUUUGUGGUGGAUUUCUCCGGUCAAUUCCGGGGUGCGAAGUGGCGGCACGAGUUUGCGGUCUAG